UGCAGCACGGGAGCCAUGGCGCGGAGGCCGGCGGUGGCCGUGGCCGUCCUCGGCCCGCUGCUCUGGGGCUGCGGACUGACGCUGCAGGGCGGGAUGCUCUACCCCCGGGAGAGCCCGUCGCGGGAGCGCAAGGAGCUCGGCGGCCUUUGGAGCUUCCGAGCGGACUCCUCCGAGAGCCGGCGCCAGGGCUUCGAGCAGCAGUGGUACAGGCGGCCGCUGCGGGAGUUGGGCCCCACCCUGGACAUGCCUGUGCCCUCCAGCUUCAAUGAUGUGACCCAGGACAGGUGGCUGCGUGGCUUCGUUGGCUGGGUGUGGUACGAACGGGAGGCCACCCUGCCCCAGCGAUGGACCCAGGACCUGGGCACAAGAGUGGUUCUGAGGAUUGGCAGUGCCCACUACUAUGCCAUUGUGUGGGUGAAUGGGGUCCAUGUGGCAGAGCACGAGGGGGGCCACCUCCCGUUUGAGGUGGACAUCAGCAAGCUGGUGCAGGCCGGCCCCCUGGACGCCUGCCGAAUCACCAUUGCCAUCAACAACACACUCACCCCCAACACCUUGCCGCCAGGCACCAUCCUCUACAAGAACGACACCUCCAAGUACCCCAAGGGCUACUUUGUCCAGGAUACAAACUUUGACUUCUUCAAUUAUGCUGGACUACACCGGCCCGUGCUUCUCUACACCACGCCCACCACCUACAUCGAUGACAUCACCGUCAUCACUGGCGUGGACCAAGACACUGGGCUGGUGAAUUACCAGAUUUCUGUCCAGGGUAGCAAACACUUCGAGCUGGAAGUGCGCCUUCUGGAUGCGGAAGGCCAAAUCGUGGCCCACAGCAUGGGGGCCCAGGGCCAGCUGCAGGUGCCCAGCGCCCACCUCUGGUGGCCGUACCUGAUGCACAACUACCCUGCAUACCUGUACUCGCUGGAGGUGCGGCUGGCUGCAGAGACGGCAGCUGGGCCUGUGGCUGACUUCUAUACCCUGCCCGUGGGGAUUCGCACUGUGGCUGUCACAGCUAGCCAGUUCCUCAUCAACGGGAAGCCAUUCUAUUUCCAUGGGGUCAACAAGCACGAGGAUGCCGAUAUCCGAGGGAAGGGCUUCGACUGGCCGCUGCUGGUGAAGGACUUCAACCUGCUCCGCUGGCUCGGCGCCAACGCCUUCCGCACCAGCCACUACCCCUACGCGGAGGAGGUGAUGGAACUCUGUGAUCGCUACGGCAUCGUGGUCAUCGAUGAGAGCCCCGGUGUGGGCAUCGUGCUGGUCGAGAGCUUUGGCAACGUGUCUUUGCACCACCACCUGGAGGUGAUGGAGGAGCUGGUGCGCAGGGACAAGAACCACCCGGCCGUUGUGAUGUGGUCUGUGGCCAACGAGCCCGCUUCCUUCCUGAAGCCUGCUGGUUACUACUUCAAGACGCUGAUUGCCCACACCAAGGCCUUGGACCCCUCCCGGCCCGUGACCUACGUGACCAGCUCCAGCUAUGCUGUUGACCUCGGGGCUCCCUAUGUGGAUGUGAUCUGUGUGAACAGUUACUAUUCCUGGUAUCACGACUACGGGCACUUGGAGGUGAUUCCGCUGCAGCUAGCCACCCAGUUUGAGAAGUGGUACAGCACCUACCAGAAGCCCAUCAUUCAGAGCGAGUAUGGAGCCGAGACGAUUGCGGGGCUUCACCAGGAUCCGCCUCUUAUGUUCAGCGAAGAGUACCAGAGAGGUCUGCUGGAGCAGUACCAUCUGGUUCUGGAUCAGAAACGCAGAGAGUACGUGGUCGGCGAGCUUAUCUGGAACUUUGCCGACUUCAUGACCGACCAGACACCGCAGAGAGUACUGGGGAACAAAAAGGGGAUUUUCACUCGCCAGAGACAACCCAAAGGUGCAGCAUUUGUUUUGCGAGAGAGAUACUGGAAAAUCGCCAACGAAACCACGCAUCACCCUUCAGCAGUGAAGGCACAGUGCCUGGGAAACAGCCUGUUUACGCUGUAAAGCAACAACUACCUGCCAACUACCUGCGUAUGGCCUAGCCUCUACAUGGCCCAACCCGCGGGCUCUACCUGUCAGUGCCCUCCUCCCCGGUAACAGGCAGCUUCCACACGCCGAGCCUCUGCCCUGUAAGGGGCGACUUCCACACUCAGAGCCAUGCCUCCUGGACGUGCACAGCUGGCGCUGGGAACUUUCGGGCCUGGGCUUUGUGCUAAUCCGCUAGAAGGGAAAGUGAGAAGUGAAAAUAAAGGUUUUUCUAGUGUAAAGAGUUGGCUUAACGGUGACCACCCAUAUGCUGCCGAAAAGCAUGUGAAAUCAUUUUCAUGUAUCAGGCGGUUUCACAGCCCUAACUGUGCUGACUGUUGAGAGGCGCUGCUUCAGGGCCCGCAGCACAUUCUGAGUUGUGGUUACAGCGUGUGCUGUCAAAGGGUGGCCCCACAGUCGUGGUAUCACCAUGCUCACUCACCAGACUAAGCCAGCUCAACCAUGUGAGGGUCAAAGACUGUCGGAGCCUCCAUUAAACACCAGUGACGGGCCCAAGUCCCACGUGCGCUAACUUUGAGAAGCGAUACUAUGUGGGAGUAAUUAAUAAGGUGUAUAACCACGGGGUUGCCAUCAGUCAGGAUGAACUUGAUGGCAACUAAUAACGUAUAUGUGGGAGUUUCUGAGUUAUGCAGUUGGUUAAGUGCUCAGUUGCUAACCAAAAGGUUGGUGGUGCGAAUCCACCCAGAGGCACCUUGGAAGAAAGACUUGGCAACCUACUUCCCAAAAAUCAGCCACUGAAAAUCCCAGGGAGUACAGUUCUACCCUGACACACGUGAGGUCACCAUGGGUCAGCAUCAACCUGACGGCAGCUGAUUUGGCUUCUUUGGUUUAUGUUCACAUAGUUAAAACGACAUGCAUAAGAAAGGUGAAAGUGGAGUACUGUCUCAGGGUACCAGUCCUUGCAGGGCACUGUUCUUACCAGAGUCUAGUCUGGAUGGAGUGGACGGGUGAGUGUAAAAGCCUGUCGAGUGUCACACUUGGCUCCAAGGAAGAUGACCAGAGCUGCUGCCCAUGGGCUGUGCCUGCAGACAAGUGCUCCACGCCCUUCACCUCCAGAGUGGCUCCAGUUCUCUUCUCCCUGAGGACGGCCUUUCUUCAGGGAAGCGUUUCUUCCUCCUUCUUCCAGGGGCUCCAUGAAGGCAAGGGAGGGGGCAUGAUUGCUAAGGUUUCAGCGUUUAUCAAUCCCAGUUGAAAGCUAAAUGCUUUGAGAAAAUACCCCUUUUUGUCUUCAAUCAAACGGAACACAAUGAGCCCAUGUAAGUCUUGACAACACCUCGAUUCCCGUCUUCCGUGGCGAUGACAGUGUCUAGCCAACAUGCCUUUUAGUCUUCUUUUCUGCGCCCCAUGGAAGGGUAAAGAUAACAUAGCCUGUUUUACGAGGCAUCUAUAAAAAAAAAAAACCAAAAAACCUGUUGCUGUUGAGUCAAUUCCGACUCGUACUGACCCUAUAGGACACGGUAGAACUGCCCCAUAGGGUUUCCAAGGCUGUAAAUCUUAACGGAAGCAGACUGCCACAUCUCUCUCAUGCAGAGCAGCUGGUGGGUUCAAACCACUGACCUUUUGGUUAGCAGCCAAGCACUUAACCACUGCACCAAACCCGUUGUCGUUGACUCAGAAACCCUAUAGGACAGAGUGGAACUGUCCCGUAUAGUUUCCAAGGAGUGCCUGGAUUCAAACUGCUGACCUUUUGGUUAGCAGCUGUAGCACUUAGCCACUAGGCCACCAGUGUUUUCACCACUGCACCAGCUGCUUUUAAAAACGAGAGUGCAGUCGGUUCAAAUAAUAAGGAAUUCUGGGAAUUCCGUAUUUGUUUUGUCGCCACUGAACCCUUAAGUUCCUUGAAGGAAUCAAGUUUUGUGUUCUAGUUCAGUGUCAAAGAACAACAUGUAGGACUCUGCCUUGUGGCAUAGUGGUUAAGAGCUACAGCUGCUAACCAAAACGUCGGCAGUUCCUUGGAAGCUCUGUGGGGCAGUUCCACUCUGUCCUGUAGGGUCGCUGAGUCGGAACUGACGGUAAAGGGUUUAGUUUUGGGUCUUAGUUAACAACAGUUUAAAAAUUAAACGUAACAGGUACAGCUGUAUGUUACAAAUCAGAGCAACGGCCCCAUUCCUGGGUCCUAAGGUUGUAGCACAGGAUAAGGUGUGGCAAAGCUGUUUUUCACAUUGAUUUUUCUUGCAGAUGUUACCUUUUUCGAGGACUCUGACAGUAGUGGAAUAUUGAAGUUGAGCUGAAGUAAAGCUAUGAAUUGAAAAGCAGAAAAGCAGCUGAUAACAUAGUCUUUGUGCUUACCAGGAGCCCUGAUGGUGGUGCAGCAGUUAAAGCACUCAGCUGCUAAGUGAAAGGCAGUGGUUCGAAACCACCAGUGGCUCUGCGGGCGAAAGAUGCGGCAGUCUGCUCCCAUGUAGCCUUACAGCCUUGGAAAGCCUGUGGGAUCGCCAGGAGUCCGAGUCGACUCGACGGUCCCGGGCUUGGGUUUUUACCUGCUGGCAGAACUGUAGGUGGUAACACUUUCUGCACGAAUUCUGGACAACCACAUUCCUAAUCAACCCACAGGAAUUCCACCAACUAGAAUCUCAAAAAACCUAAGUGACCUAUAAUUUAAGAGAAGAAGAAUUAGCUUGGUAUACCUGUAGAAAUGAGGUUUCCAUAUCAACUUCUUGCGUCUGAAAAGACCGAGUUCAUUUCCACUUCCGGUUUGAAACGCACACCACAGCGUAACAAGGAUGGAGGCACAACUCCCACAGGUAACGGCUACGUUUAUUUUAUACCAAAAAGUUAUGUGCAACAAAUAAACAUUCUUACAUA